AUGUUCAUCAAAGGCACCCAAGACCUCGAGGCCGAGGUCACUCUCCUCGAGUCGCGUCUCCAAGAUGCCCGUACUCAACUAGCAGCCUCCGAAUACCCCAGUCCACCCUCCUCAUGGACUGCUAAAGAAUCAUAUAAUAAUACCAAUAAUACCAAACUCACCUCCGCAACCCCCACAUCCCUCCACGGCCUCCUCCUCCUCUCAGACUCCGCCCUCCCACUAGGCUCCUUUGCCUACUCCAGUGGACUAGAGUCAUAUCUAGCCCACAACAAGUCCUCCCGCACGACCGCAAUAAGUUCCUUCCACCGCUUCCUCAAACUCUCCAUCGCCUCAAUCGCAAGCACAUCCCUCCCCUACGUGCUCGCCGGUUACCGGCACCCAUCAACCCUCGACACACUAGAUAAUGACCUGGAUGCAUCAACGCCGUGUAUCGUCGCGCAACGCGCAAGUAUUGCUCAAGGGCGAGCGCUCAUUGGUGUCUGGGAGCGCGCAUUCAGAGUUAGCUUCGCGGGGCCCGAUAGCCCGAUUUCGGAGGACGCUGAGGCCGCCGCCACUGCUAUUGAUGAUUUGUCCGAUGCGUUGAAAUCCUGUCUCGAGGAAGACGAGGACCUCGGCCCCAAGGGCCACUUUGCCCCGCUGUGGGGUGUGAUCUGUCGGGCUAUGGGUCUGGACUUGCAGCAGACGGCAUACGUCUUUAUUAUGAAUCAUGCGAAGGCUGUGCUUAGUGCGGCUGUCAGAGCGGGUGUCAUGGGCCCUUACCAGGCGCAGAAUGUGUUGGCUAGCCAGGAGCUGCAGGAUACGAUGAUGAAGCGCAUUGAGCGGGAGUGGAAUACGCCUGUUGAGCAGGCUGGACAGGUUGUCCCUGCGCUGGAUCUUUGGAUUGGCAGACAUGAGUUGUUGUAUAGUCGUAUUUUUAACUCAUGA